AUAUCUCUAAAAUCCGUACUUUAAACGCUGUAGACCUCAAACACUUUCCCCUCUUCUUAUCUCCUCCGCCCACCGCCACCGCCACCGCCACCGCCGUGCCCUAUAUAUACACACAUUUAUACAUACUCACCCAAACAGAAUCAGAAUUAAAUUAAUCAAACACUCGAUCUGUAUUACUUACGACUUCAAUCGAUAACAUGGAUCUCCUGGAGCAGGCACGGAACUUCGUGGCGAAGAAGAUCGAGGACCUGCCGAAGCCGGAGGCGACGGUGGUGGACGUCGACCUGAAGGGCGUCGGCUUCGACGGACUCCGGCUGCUGGCCAAGGUAUCGGUGGCGAAUCCGUACGGCGUCGCAAUUCCGAUCUGCGAGAUCGCCUACACAGUGAAGAGCGCGGGCCGGUGCGUGGCGUCCGGUUCGAUCCCUGACCCCGGUUCGCUGGCGGCCAACGACAAGACCGGUCUGGACGUGGCGGUGAAGGUGCCGCACAGCGCCGUCGUGAGCCUGAUCCGCGACGUCGGCGCCGACUGGGACGUCGACUACGUGCUCGAGCUGGGGCUCAUCAUCGACCUGCCGAUUGUCGGGAAUAUUACCAUUCCGGUUUCGUACAAAGGCGAGAUGAAGCUGCCGACGUUUUCGGAUAUGUUCGGAGGGAAGUCGGCGGAGGAGGCGGCGGCGGAGGAGGUGGAGAAGGAGAAGAUGAAGGAGAAGAUCUGAUUCGGGAUUUUGAUUUGAUAUGUGGAUUUGGGUUUUAGGGUUUGACUUACUUAUUAUGUUUAAAUUUCAUGGAACUUUGUUGGCAUGGCGUAGUCGAUGUACCGGAAAUGAAUGAUGACUAGAAAUAAAAUUGACUUGCGUUUUUGCUGUCUGAAA